UUUCUGUCAAAAAAAAUAAAUAACAAAAUAACACUUAAUAAAGAAGAUUUAAUCUCAAAACGAUAUCAGGAUGUUUCGCCGUGGCAAAUUGUCGUUUCUAAACACCAAAGACGACCGCAUUAAGAUUAUAAAUGAGCGUAUAACGCUGACCGAACGCCACUUAAUGGAAAUGUGUUCGGCAUUCGCUUUGGUAACAAGGAAAAUGGCCAAAUACCGAGACUCGUUCGAUGAGCUGGCAAAGGGAGUCAAGGGCUAUGCAGAUGAAGAGGAAAUCAACGAAAGCCUCUCGACUGGUCUAAAGAGCUUCACAAAUGCAGUCACAAUAAUGGGCGACUACAUGGACAUUAAUGUACAUCGUCUGGAGCAUAAAAUUGUCAAUGAGAUGACUUCAUUUGAGCAGCUCUGCAAGUCCACGCGCGACAAUCUCCGACUGGCGGUCAUUGCCCGCGACAAAGAGGUUUUGCGCCAACGCCAGAUGCUGGAGAUCAAGUCAAAGUUUGCGGCCAAUAAUAGUGCUGCCGACUCAGAGCUUUUCAAGGCCAAGAUGGAAGUGGCGCGUACGAACAAAGAGAUUGACGAGAUAAUCGGCAACUUUGAGCAGCGCAAGCUACGGGAACUCAAGCAGAUACUCAACGACUUCAUUCUCAUCUCCAUGAAGCAGCACACCAAGGCCCUGGAAGUGCUCAGCGCCAGCUACUAUGACAUUAGCAGCAUUGAUGAGCGCGACGACUUUCUCGAAUUCCAGAAGCUAAUGAAAACCAAAGAGGAGCCUGCCCAGCGCAAGGGGACAUUGAAGAAGGGUCUGCGCUCGCAGUCAAUGGACAGCCUGGAUCACGAGCAGUUGGUUAGUCCACUGAAGCGGCAUCAGAAGCUAUCCAGAAGCAGUAAGAAUUUGGCUGGAGCGGGCAUACCCCAUGGCAACAAGCUAGAGCUGGAGCAAGAAGAGGCAGAGACUGAUGGACACGAAGACCAGGAGGCCGACGACGACAAUGAGGAGGGGACUGAACAAAGUGGGGAUGACGACGAUGAAGAUGAAGAGUCCGGCACGGCCUCGGAUGAUGAGCGUGAGCCAGCCGUAGCCACCACGCCCACUCUACGAGAUAAUGUGUUCGGUGUGAAGGCAAGAACCAUCAGCAAAGAGGCAGCAAAUCCAGCUAAUUUGGCGGCUCCACUGAAACCCAUCCGCACGAUUGCUAAACAUCCCUUCAAGGCGGUGGCUUCGACGCAUCAGGUGAAGAGACGGCGACCAGGACGCGGCUCGACCGGAAGAAGCGCCGCCGGUCGCCUGGUAACCGUUGUUAAAUCGAAGUCCUCCUCCACCACACAGCCCCCCGUUUGAGAAGCCCGAUCGAUCGGGAGGGGGAUUACAAUUCGUGAAUUUUAAUAAUGUAUAAUUUAAAAUAGAAACUAAAUGGCAAUAGCUCUGAAACAUGCCCGUUGCUCGCAAAGUCUACAAUUACUUUACUUAAAUUAUGAUCUUCCUGGUGGAGCGAACUUAAAACUAUGCAAUAAAUUUGAAUGAGCAAAU